AUGUUAGAACCCAAAAACUAUGACGAUGAAAGAUUAUUGUCAACACAACUAUUACUCGCUUUUCACUCGGUUGUAUUUCUACUUUCAGCCAUCAGAACUAUUGUCGUCAUCCUUAGAGAGAAGACUCUUUGUAAAUUAAAUCAAAUCACCCAUAUAAUAUGUUGUGCCGGUAUUCUACCAACAUUGAACCAAGUUCAAUACGUACCAUAUAUAUUUGAAAAGUAUGGAGAGUUGACCAUUCUCUUAUCCUUUUUAAUGAUUCUUUUGUUUUGGAUCAAUUCACUUUAUGAAGGUGAUCCCAUUUACAAGAUUAUCAAACAUCCAAAAUUCUUUGCAGGAGUUGUUAUUUUGUCAGUGUCUAUUGAGACGGUGUGUAUGGUGGUUGACCUCUACUGCGCCUAUAAUCCAAACAAUACAAUUAUCACUGCCGAACAAAAUGCGACACUCAUUAGAUUGUACAGUUCGUAUAGGUCAAUCAUGCUUGUACUCAUGUGUUUUGGAUUUAGUUUUGUUGGCUAUCUAAUCCAUCGAAAAGCCAAAAGACUUUCCUCUAGAAAUGUAAAUAGAUUUAGAAGAACUGGAUUGAUUAUUGGAAUGACAUUCUUGACUACUUCAUUGUUGAAUGUGUUGUUUGAUAUUGUUGAUUCGUCGUAUCCAACCGAUUCAAGGGUACCUAUUAUUUUCUUGGUGUUGGGGUCGUCGUGUUAUGGUAUUAUGGUGUUGGAGAAUCUCUUCUUUAUCUUUAGGUUUGCUCGUCACCAAGAAUCGAAUUUGAGCAAGUCUACAUCACAUAUUUCACUAGGUAGUAUACGUACGAUUAGAAAAGAUGGUAGUGCUGGUGAACUAAGUAUUAGUGUCAAUUCCCAACAACAACAGCAACAACAACAACAACAAGUACCAACAUUGACAUCUAGUCAAAGUACAGUCACUAGAUCAUUCUCUUCUUUGAGCUCGGUUGCCAACAUCUCUGAUUCUAAUCUUGCACACUUUAAAAGUGAAAAGACGAGGAAAAUUUUAGAUCGGGCCAAGGGAGAGACCAAUGAUGAAUGA